AUGACAGGCCAUAGUGCUGAGGCUCAGAUUGCAGAAUGGAUACAGAGGGCCGCUGCCUUGGCUCCAAUCAAUCUUAAAAGCAUUGAGGGCCCUCUUGGAGAACUUGAUGCUCACCUCACUCUUCGGUCCCACAUCGUCGGACACAGCCUGACAGAUGCUGAUGUGACAGUUUGGCAGACUCUUAGAACCAACCAUGUUGCCAGCUCAUUCCUCAAACGUGGACUACUCAUCAACCUGACUCGAUGGUACAAGUACAUCGAGGAGGCUUACCCAGCACACGCGAAGCUUCCGGAGAAGCAGACUAAGGCUGCCAAAGGAGACGAGAAAGAUGAGGGUGGUAACUAUGAUAUCGGUCUUCAAGAGCCCGAGAAAGGUGUGGUCACUCGCUUCCCGCCCGAGCCUAGUGGUUAUCUGCACAUUGGUCACGCAAAGGCUGCUCUCCUAAAUGACUACUUUGCACAUAAGAAGUACAAGGGUACUCUACUACUACGUUUCGACGACACCAAUCCCUCGAAGGAGAAGCAAGAGUUCCAAGAUGCGAUUGUAGAGGACCUAGCUUUGAUGGGUAUCAAGGCAGAUAAAACAUCGCAUACCAGCGACUAUUUCCAGGAGCUCUACGAGUUUUGUGUCACAAUGCUCAAAGAGGGCACCGCUUACGCUGACGACACCGACCAGGAGACGAUGCGCGCCGAACGCAUGGAUGGCAUUGCCUCCAAGCGCCGUGACAGCUCCCCUAAGGAUAACCUCGCACACUUCGAGGAGAUGAAGAAGGGUAACGAAGAAGGCAUCCGCUGGUGUAUCCGAGCGAAGAUGUCCAUCGACAACCCCAAUAAAGCGAUGCGGGACCCGGUCAUAUACCGCUGUAACCCUGAAGCACAUCAUCGUACCGGCACGACCUGGAAAAUCUACCCGACCUAUGACUUUUGUUGCCCAAUCAUCGAUGCGCACGAAGGAGUGACCCACGCUCUGCGUACUACCGAGUACAAAGACCGUGAUGCCCAGUAUCAAUGGUUCAUUAAGACUCUAAACCUCCGCAACGUAUACAAUUGGGACUUUGCGCGAAUGAAUUUUGUCCGCACUCUACUUUCAAAGCGCAAAUUGACCAAGCUAGUCGAUGCCGGUACGGUCUGGGGGUGGGAUGACCCACGCAUGCCCACCGUACGCGGCAUCCGUCGCCGCGGCAUGACCAUACCCGCUCUUCAGGAGUUCAUCCUCAAACAAGGCCCUUCUAAGAACAUUGUCAACCUCGACUGGACUACCUUCUGGGCGACGAACAAGAAAUUUAUCGACCCUGUCGCAGGCCGCUACACGGCAGUCGACAAGACUGACAUGGUGAAGUGCGUUGUAAAUGGCGCGCGCGAGGCUCCGUACGCCGAGGAGAAGCCACUUCAUGCAAAGAACAAGGAUGUCGGUGUCAAAAAAGUAUAUUAUAGUCAGGAGAUCCUGCUCGACCAGGAAGACGCGCAGAGCUUUGCUGCUAACGAGGAAAUCACGCUAAUGAACUGGGGCAACGCAAUUGUGCGUCAAAUCAGCCAUUCCCUAAACCCUCUUAGUAGUCAGAAAGUCGUUGGGAUCCACCUUGAACUGCACCUGCAAGGUGACGUGCGCAAGACGAAUAAAAAGAUCACCUGGCUCAGCUCGAAUCAGGAACUGGUGCCAAUUGAGCUUGUUGACUUUGACUUUAUCAUUAGCAAGGAUAAGCUUGACGAGGAUGAUAAUUGGGAAGAUUUCAUUACGCCGCAGACGGAAUUCCGUAAGGACGCUGUGGCGGACGAGAAUGUAGCGAAGUUGAAGGAGGGAGAUAUCAUUCAAUUUGAUCGCAAGGGGUAUUUCAGAAUUGAUCGUGCAUUUAGCUAUGGGCAGCCAGCUGUCGCUUUCCAGAUUCCUACGGGUAAAACGAAGUGA